CAUUUCUGCAAAAUCCAAGAAAAAAGAGAAAAUAAAUACAAAAAGCAGAAAAGGGGUUAUGACAUAUACAUUGUAAGGCCAAGAUUUUCAACACAAAAAACUGUCUCACUAUUCAUUAAAGCUACUAAUCAACAAAGCUUCUCUCUCUCUAUCCCAGAGAGAGAGAAGAAAAGAGAAAGUGUGUCCAAUAUAUGACAAAGGACCCAAUAAAGAACAAAAAUGAAAAAAAAUUCAAAAAACAAAAACAGAGGAAUGAAAUCCAAUAAAAGACCAAAAAACUAAAAAAAGAAAAAGUGAAUCACUUGGUGGGAAUCUUUUUCUUCCUCUUCCUCAGAUGAUCCCAUAGCUCCAUUUCUCUCUCUCUCUCUCUCACUCACUCACUUUUCUUCUCUCUCUCUCUCUCUCUCUCCUCUCUUUGUUAAGGCACAAAACUAUGAACAUUUACUCCAAUGGACCUUCACAUGAAGAAGAUGAUAAUGAUUUUGAAAGAAAGGAGAAGAGAGUAAGUGAAACAGAGGAAAGAAGCAACUUAGUUAUGGAUAGUACAAUGAUGAUGAUGAUGAUGAAUAAUCAUGAUAACAAUAAUAAUAUUAAUAAUGGAGUUGAAUUUGAGUUUGAAAUCUGGCCAGUUGAACACCCAAUGGAACCCCCAGAUGAAGAUAGGCCUGUCAAAUGUCCCAUACCACAUUCUUCUCUUAUCAAUGAACAAGAGAAGAGAAUAGCAGUAGCAGAAGAGAAGAAAUUUGAAGAAGAUGAUAAAGAGGUUGGUACUGGUACGGUUCGUCCGGUUCGUAAGAGGCAUCACAUCACUCUAACCGCAGAGAAUGAUGAUCUUGAUCAUGAUUAUGAUGAUGGUAAUGAUGGUGAUGAUGAUGAUAAUGAUUAUAGAAGUAAUACUGAAAAGACAAUAAUGCCCUUGACCAGAAUGUCACCUUUGCCUCCUCUUCCAACUCAGAAUCUCACCAUCUUUCAAAUGCUUCAACAGUUUGACAAGUUUGACCAUUGAAGAAUUUCAAAAUUUUAAAAGAAAACUAUAUAGUUAAUUAAAAUAAUUGAAUUUUGCUACUCAAAUCUCAUCUGGGGUGUGAUGAUUGAUCUCUUUUCUUUUUCUCUAUCUAUAAUAGAGUGUGAAUUUUCCUUGUAGCUUGAUUAAUUUGGAAUUGGAUCAUUACUUUUUGU